AUGUAUUUUUUCUUUCUCUGGUUUUUAGUCGGUUUUGCUCGACUUGAAAUUGAUAUUCCGGACAGUUUGGAUGAUCUAAAUCCAAUUAAAAUCUCUCAAUUAUUUGAGAAAUUUAUCAAGGAGUAAGUUUCAAAACUGAAAUAAAAUAAUUAAUUUUGAUUCUUGACAGAUACAAAAAAAGUUAUGAAACUCCAUUGGAAAAAACUCAAGCUUUAGCGACAUUUGGUGAAAAUCUUGCAACGAUUAUAAAUCUGAAUAUUGAAUCAGUUAAAUCGAAUUUGCAAUUUGGUGUCAACCAAUAUGCAGAUCUAACAGACGAAGAAUUUUCCGACAAAAUUUUGACUCUCGAACCAAAAAUUGGAAGCGAUAAUCUAUUUCGAGAAUCAAUUUAUAAUUCAACAAACUUUGUAGUUCAUCCUGAUUCUUGGGAUUGGCGAAGUAAAAAAGUAGUUGCUCCUGUGAAAUAUCAAGGAGGUUGUGGAUGUUGUUGGGCAUUUACAACAGUUGCUGUUGUACAAAGUGUUAUUGCUAUCAAAACAGGUAAAAUACCUGAACCAUCUGAACAAGAAUUAUGCGAUUGUGGACAAGGAAAAGGUAGAGCUGGUUGUAAUGGUGGAAACCUUGGAAAAUCAUUCGACUAUGUUAAAAACAAUGGUAUUACUGAAGAAACAAAUUAUCCAAAGUAUAAUGAUAAAAGGGCAACAACUGAUCAAGUUUGUGAAGAAAGUGGUAAACCAAAUAAUAUAAAAAUAUCAAACUAUCAAUUUAUUAGUCAAGCGACAGUACCUUUAUUAGAAGACGCCCUUAUUAAUAAAGGACCAUUGGGUGUUGGAUUCAGAGUUGGGAAAAGUUUUCGAUAUUACAAAUCUGGAAUUUUCGCAAGUACUGACUGCGAUGUAAAAUCGACAUUUGUGGGUUGAGAUAACAUUUACUAAUCAUUGAUUUACAAAUUAUAACUUACAGUAUGGAUGGCAUGCGGUUACUGUGGUUGGCUAUGGGGUCGAAAAUAAGAUCCCAUUUUGGAUUGUGAAGAAUUCGUGGAGUGAAAAAUGGGGAGAACAAGGAUAUUUUCGAAUAAUUAAAGGAAGAAAUCUUUGUGGAUUUGAGCAAACGAUGCCUUUUUUUGCAGAACCCUAA